AUGUUUUUAACACAUUAAUCAAUACUUAAAUUACAAAUUUAAACUUAUAACUUGAAAAAUAAAAGUUGCAAUAUUAUUGACGAAAUCUUUAUUAAUAAAUAAACUAGUACUCAUUAUUUCAAAGCAUUAGAAUUCAGCACUUCUAAUUUAAUUUAACUUGAUAUUAUUCUAUACAAUACUCAACAAUUAGAAGACCUGACGGCUGUAUUGACUCUAAAUGAAAAUAAAGUAGACAGUUUAAUAUAUCUUUUUUAAAAUAACUAAUUAAUUACAUUAAAAAUUGAAUUAUUGCAAGCAAAACUCGAACAAUUUUUAGAUAUUUUAUCAGCUGUCAACCCUGAAAAAUUAAAAACAGCAGAAUUUAUUAUUAAUAAUAUUUUAAUUAAUGAAAGCUGCUUACAAAAGCUCUAAGAAUUUGUGCUUAAAAGUAAAAGAUUGAUUGAAUUUUCAAUAUCGAUGAUUGGGUGUGGAUGUACUAAAUAAAUGAUGGAUAAAUAUUUUAAAAGUAACUUAUACAUUUUUAAAAUUCCAUAACUGAAAUUUUAUUAUUGA